AUGCCCAGCUAUGCGAUGCUGGUUUUCCUUUUGCCACAAGGAAUUUGUAGGGAGAUUGAAACCUUGAUGAAUGAGUACUGGUGGACCGGAACUGUGGGGAAUGGCAGGGGUUUAAGAUGGAGAUCAUGGUCUGGCUUGACAGCUCCAAAAACGGCUGGAGGGAUGGGUUUCCGUUCUCUUCAUGAAAUGAACUUGGCUUUAUUGGGGAAGCAAGCUUGGAUAUUAGUCACUAACCCCACGUCUUUGGUGGCGCAGGGCACAAGGUGGGAUGUGAAUCGUAUUCAGAAUACUUUUGAAAACCGUGACGCCAAGUUAAUUCUGAAUAUACCCAUCUUAGUUAGGAAGAUAAGGGACUCGUGGUACUGGUACUGGGAUGCGAAAGGAGCUUAUACUGUCAAGACAUGCUAUAAGCGGUUGAAGGGUGAGUUAACUAAUGUCCGGCCUUGGUCUCGUUUAUGGAAUGUUAAUGUGUCACCGAAAGUUAAGCACUUUUGUGGGCAGAGGGAACCAGAGAGUGCAUUCCACUUGUUUGCACAAUGUACUGAGGUGACGAAACUCUGGGGUCUGAUUGGCGUUCCAGCAAACGGAACAAUGUAUGGUAAUGUUAUUGACUGGUUUUUUGCCUUAUUAUCUAGCUUGAAUGGUGAACGGUUAGAAAGAUUUAUAGUGGCGAGUUGGGGUUGGCAGAGCCGUAAUAAUUGUGUGUGGAAAGGAAUUUUUGAUGCUGAUUUAAUGGCCACCGUACUGGGGGGAAGUGUAGGUUGGUCACGGCCGGAAGAGGGAAGGUUGAAGUUGAACACGGACGCUUUGCUUAAUGUAGUAGCUGGUACUAUGGGGUUUGGUUGGGUUUUACACUUUUACGUGAUCAUCAUGGAGGGUUCUUGGCGGCGAAGAACAUGCAUGCUUGUACAUGGGUCUUACACCAUCAAUGAAGCUGAAGCAAUAUGCCUACGAGAGGCUCUAAGCUGGCUAAAGAAUACGGGGAUGGGCGGAGUGGAUGUGGAUAUGGACUCGCAAAACGUUUUUUAUUCUAUUUUUAGUCAUACUUUUAAUUCAACUUUUGGUUUUAUUAUUGAUGAUGUUAAAGAAUUGGCAUCGAUGAUUGAUGAUGUUAAAUUCUGUUUUACUAAACGAUCUGCGAACUAUGCUGCUCACACUGUUGCUAGAGAGGCUACUUCUGAUGCAGGUUGUGGGGAGUGGUUUGAUACCCCUCCUUCUUUCUUGGUGAACUGUCUUUUACGUGAUUUAAUGCAUUGA